AUGAACCGCAAAGUAUAUAAAUAAGAUGAAUCUUGUGUAAGGACAAAAAUUAUUAAAAUAGCAUGGAAUAUGGAAGAAGAUAAUUACUCAAAAAAGGAAUCAGAAUUUGUGGAAUUAAUAAAUAGAAAUAGCUUAAUAUGUACCUAAUAGAAAUCCUAACUAAUGUGGAAAAAGAUGGAAAAGAAUUUACGGACAUAGGGUAUUAUAUUUGAUUUAGAUAUUAGAAUAGAAUCAAUUAAUCUUGGAAACCAGAAGAAGAUUAAAAGCUAUUAUAACUUAUUUAAGAAUUUGGAAAAUAGUGGUCAAAGAUAGCAUGGAUUAUCUAAAACAGAAAUAGCAAAUAGUGUCGAAAUCGAUUCAUUAAUGCACUUGA